CCUCCCUCCCUCUUUCCCUCCUUCCUCUCCUCCUCUGCCUCCUCCGCAGCCAGGCCAGCUCCCUCUCACAUUGGGUGCCUUAGAGACCCUUGGGAGCCCGCGCGCACACACCCCUGCACCCGUACCUGACUGACAGCUCCCCGUGAGGGAGCUUGGGUCGCUCGUUGGGGUGGGUGGCCAGAGCCGCGGUCCUCUGUGCCCCCCGACGGCUGGGGGGAGGGGGGAAGAGGCCCCGCGCCCCCCUCCCCGUCGCCAACUCCCCCUGGCGGCAGCUCCCAUGGGUGUCGCUGGGCCGCGCCAUGCCUAAGGGGGCGCCGCGAUGGGCCAAGGGGACGAAAGCGAGCGCAUCGUGAUCAACGUGGGCGGCACGCGCCACCAGACGUACCGCUCGACGCUGCGCACGCUGCCCGGCACGCGGCUUGCCUGGCUGGCGGAGCCGGACGCCCACAGCCACUUCGACUAUGACCCGCGCGCCGACGAAUUCUUUUUCGACCGCCACCCGGGCGUCUUCGCUCACAUCCUGAACUAUUACCGCACCGGCAAGCUACACUGCCCGGCCGACGUGUGCGGUCCGCUCUACGAGGAGGAGCUGGCCUUCUGGGGCAUCGACGAGACGGACGUGGAGCCCUGCUGCUGGAUGACAUACCGCCAGCACCGCGACGCCGAGGAGGCACUAGACAGCUUUGGUGGCGCGCCCCUGGACAACAGCGCGGACGACGCGGAUGCGGACGGCCCUGGCGACUCAGGCGACGGCGAGGACGAGCUGGAGAUGACCAAGAGACUGGCACUCAGUGACUCCCCAGAUGGCCGGCCUGGCGGCUUCUGGCGCCGCUGGCAGCCGCGCAUCUGGGCGCUGUUCGAGGACCCCUACUCAUCCCGCUAUGCGCGGUAUGUGGCCUUUGCCUCCCUCUUCUUCAUCCUGGUCUCCAUCACAACCUUCUGUCUGGAGACCCAUGAGCGCUUCAACCCCAUCGUGAACAAGACGGAAAUUGAAAAUGUUCAGAACGGCACACAAGUGCGAUACUACCGGGAAGCGGAGACGGAGGCCUUCCUCACCUACAUCGAGGGCGUCUGCGUGGUCUGGUUCACCUUCGAGUUCCUCAUGCGUGUCAUCUUCUGUCCCAACAAGGUGGAGUUCAUCAAGAACUCACUCAAUAUCAUUGACUUUGUGGCCAUCCUCCCCUUCUACCUGGAGGUGGGCCUCAGCGGCCUGUCCUCUAAAGCUGCCAAGGAUGUUCUGGGCUUCUUGCGUGUCGUCCGCUUCGUGCGCAUCCUGCGCAUCUUCAAGUUGACCCGCCACUUUGUGGGCCUGAGGGUCCUGGGCCACACGCUCCGUGCCAGCACCAACGAGUUCCUGCUGCUUAUCAUUUUCCUGGCCCUGGGUGUGCUCAUCUUUGCCACCAUGAUCUACUAUGCUGAGAGGAUAGGGGCGCAGCCCAAUGACCCCAGUGCCAGCGAGCACACACACUUUAAAAAUAUUCCCAUUGGCUUCUGGUGGGCUGUGGUCACCAUGACGACACUGGGCUAUGGAGACAUGUAUCCUCAGACAUGGUCUGGUAUGUUGGUGGGAGCAUUGUGUGCUCUAGCAGGAGUGCUGACCAUUGCCAUGCCAGUGCCCGUUAUCGUGAACAAUUUCGGGAUGUACUACUCUUUAGCCAUGGCUAAGCAGAAACUACCAAAGAAAAAAAAGAAGCAUAUUCCACGGCCACCACAGCUGGGAUCUCCCAAUUAUUGUAAAUCUGUCGUAAACUCUCCUCACCACAGUACUCAGAGUGACACAUGCCCGCUGGCCCAGGAAGAAAUUUUAGAAAUUAACAGAGCAGAUUCCAAACUGAAUGGGGAGGUGGCGAAGGCCGCGCUGGCGAACGAAGACUGCCCCCACAUAGACCAGGCCCUCACUCCCGAUGAGGGCCUGCCCUUUACCCGCUCGGGCACCCGCGAGAGAUACGGACCCUGCUUCCUCUUAUCAACCGGGGAGUACGCGUGCCCACCUGGUGGAGGAAUGAGAAAGGAUCUUUGCAAAGAAAGCCCUGUCAUUGCUAAGUAUAUGCCGACAGAGGCUGUGAGAGUGACUUGACCAGGCGGCUUGGCCCAGGACACUGGUGGCUAUUAAGCAUCUGGGUGGACCUGCAGCCCCUCCUCACCCUCGGACAGAGUAAAUUCACGCCAUGCAGGUUUGCCGGACGAGUCCGGGUGGCCCAGGCACUGUCCUAAGACGGACGUAGCUUUUUCUACGGCCAAUGGUAACUGACCGUAGAGGAUCGCUCUUGUUUCUUUUCCUUUUUUUUUUUUUUUAGAAGUUACCCUUUAUUUGGGGAGGGGGGGGUGAAGGGGAGCCUUAGCAUGACUUGCAUGAAGUUAAACAGAAAACCCGGCUAAACCAAACCCAGCAGCCCCCGCUGUGACUGGAUGAUUACUCCCACCACCACCAAGAACGGCGAGCAAAGCAAGGGCUCGACUUUCAGUGUUCUUUAUUCUGACACACGGUGUCGGAGCCCAGCUGUGAUGGCACUCGAUAGAAGUCUGUACACUGCUGGGAGUGGGGGGCCAGGGAAGAAGGAUGGGGCUGGGGAAUGGAUUGCUUUUUGUACACAAGACCCAGAGGAAAGGUUUCAAAAAGGCAGUCAGUCAGUCAUCGGUCAUAUUGACCUCACCUUCGUAGCUCAUCUCUCACGUGGAACACAGAGAACUUUGCUCCGAAUGGGAUUGUGGGAACUCACACAGCCGCCCUCUUCCAUCUCUGUUUGGCAUGCUUCUGACCCAGCGGACGUCUCCCCAAGACCCCGACAGCGGCUAGUUUAGGUUGAUUCUCUCAUCCCAGUGUGUAGAUCCAGUGUGACCAAGCUUCAUAACAAAUUGUUCAUAGUUACACCAUAUGGAUUUUCCAAUGUCAUUUUAAAGCCAAGAUGUAGAGUACCUCCAGUUCAGGACCAUCAGAGGGGUGCCCCCCUCCACCUUUAUUAAGGCACAACCUGGCAUUGUAUGCAAUUUAGUUCUCUUCAGAGUAAGAAACAAAAACAAAAAAAAAAACUGCAUGCCCAAUGUUAUGCAAAGAGAUUCGAGCAUGAAAUAAAUUUUGUAACAUGGUUUCUGUCUAGUCUAAAGCAGAUUUGUUUUUCUGAAGCAAUCAGAGGUUUGCAGAGACGUGCUUCUGCAUCUCGAAUAAAUAUAGUAUUUUCCCAACAGAAACAGAGGACAGUAGCUUGGCUUUGGUCUGAUUCUAAAAUUAGUGUGUGUGGGGGGAAGGAUGAUAUUUUUGAAAAACACAUGCUUGAGUUGAAAAAAAAAAAAUGCAACAUCCCGAGCUUCCACUGCACCAUUUCCUGGAAAGACAGCAACCUCCCCUCCCCGGGCCCUGGCCCUGGAAAUAAAAAGCUGACUUCUGAGAUGAA